AAUCUCCAGCGGGCGCGCUGCUCGUAACCGGCCUUUUCUUGUACUGACUGUGUCUCUGUAACUCUCAGCGGCGCCGGCACAGCUACCAGCGCCCUGCACUCCUCUGCGCGCCGUCCCGGCCACCUCCUUCAGGCGUCGGCUCUGUCCGCGCGGGCAGCGCAUCCUGGCGCCCAGCCACAGCGCUCAUGAUCAGCGAUUUCCUGAAGCCCUGACUCCCCAGGGUGUAGCUUCCCGCUGUGAUGAACGCGAGCUCAUCUUCGCUCAACGACUCCCAGGUGGUGGCAGUGGCGGCCGAGGGUGCGGCGGCAGCGGCCACCGCAGCAGGAGCGCGGGACACCGGUGAAUGGGGGCCCCCGGCAGCCGCAGCUGCGCUGGGGGGCAGCGGCGCAGCUAAUGCGUCGCUGGAGUUGUCUUCGCAGCUGCCAGGGGGGCCGACGGGGCUGCUGCUGUCUUCAGUGAAUCCAUGGGACGUACUGCUCUGCGUGUCUGGGACGGUGAUCGCAGGCGAAAAUGCGCUGGUGGUGGCGCUCAUCGCGUCCACACCUGCGCUGCGCACGCCCAUGUUCGUGCUGGUAGGCAGCCUGGCCACCGCCGACCUGCUGGCGGGCUGCGGUCUCAUUCUGCACUUCGUAUUCCAGUACGUGGUGCCCUCGGAGACUGUGAGCCUGCUUACUGUAGGCUUCCUCGUGGCCUCCUUCGCUGCCUCCGUCAGCAGCCUGCUGGCCAUUACGGUGGACCGCUACCUGUCCCUCUACAACGCGCUCACCUAUUACUCGCGACGGACCCUGUUGGGCGUGCACCUCCUUCUCGCUGCCACCUGGACGGUGUCCUUAGGCCUUGGGCUGCUGCCGGUGCUUGGCUGGAACUGCCUGGCAGAGCGCGCCGCCUGCAGCGUGGUGCGCCCGCUGACGCGCAGCCACGUGGCACUGCUCUCCGCCACCUUCUUUGCGGUCUUCGGCAUCAUGCUGCACCUUUACGUGCGCAUCUGCAAGGUGGUCUGGCGUCACGCGCACCAGAUCGCGCUGCAGCAGCACUGCCUGGCGCCGCCCCACCUUGCCGCCACCAGAAAGGGUGUGGGUACGCUGGCCGUGGUGCUGGGCACUUUCGGUGCCAGCUGGCUGCCCUUUGCCAUCUACUGCGUGGUAGGCAGCCAUGAGGACCCAGCUGUCUACACCUACGCCACCCUGCUGCCCGCCACCUACAACUCUAUGAUCAAUCCUAUCAUCUAUGCCUUCCGCAACCAGGAGAUCCAACGCGCCCUGUGGCUCUUGUUUUGUGGCUGUUUCCAGUCCAAAGUGCCCUUCCGCUCCAGGUCCCCCAGUGAGGUCUGAAGGCUCCCUCCAUCCUCUAACCAACACCACGCCCCCAACAAGCCAGCCUUUGGUGAGCUUCUCAGUGCCUGCUGAUGGACUCUGAGAUCCCAUACUGUGACUCUGACUUUGGAAAGAGAUAAUAAACAUAAGCACAACAAACUCACAAGGACAAAGAGGCUUGUUGGAACUUUACAUAUACAGUGUAUACAUGUGUACAUAUAUAUACAAAUAUUUGUAUCUUCUGGAGGUGUUCAGGAUGUGGAAUUUCCUGUUCUGUGAAAAAACUAACAAAAAGGCGGUUGUAUACUCAAAUUGUACAUCACACUUGUCAAAUGAAGACAUUCCAAUACUGCUUAAUUAUGGCACUUUAUUUUUAGCUGCUGAACUGCCAAAACAGUGUUGCCAUUUUCAAGGGCAGGGGAAGGGGGGUAAAAGUGUAUUUUUGUUGUAUGUGAUAGACUAUUUUGCUGCAUAUGCAUCAGUAAAUUACAACAUAUUUUGUACACAAAUAAACACAUUAUAAAAAUGUAA